AUGCCUACGGGACGAGAUCGGGAUUGGGAUUGGCGAAAAGAAUUUUUCGGGAUCGGGACCGGGUUUCAAUCCUACGGGACGGGAUUGGGAUCGGGACGAAAAGCUCAAUCCCGCAGGGCUCUACAUAAAAGGCUGAGUGCUAUACAGUUCAAAUUUUAUUGUUUCGAAAUGUAUAUAAAUAACACUGUUCAAAAAUACAUUAUCUUGAUUAUUAUUAUGGCGCAACAAAACGAUAGUUCAGAUAAUAAACAAGCUGUAACACCAGAAACAUUGGCAACCGCCAUUAAACUAGCCGCGCUUAGUAAACAACAUGAACAAAAAGUGACACCGGAAAUACUGGCAGCUGCUCUCAAACUUGCCGCAAAACCGUCAACCGAGGAUCAUUCUAAAUCAGCAGUAAAUAAUCAAGAGAAAGAGAGUGAUCAGCAUGUUACUCCUGAAUCAUUAGCAACAGCAAUGAAAUUCGCUUCAAAAGUUUCAACAUCACCGAGUAAUGAUCAAGAAAAUGCGGAAAUAACAGGCGCACUUGCAGCAGCUUUAAGAGCUACAACAAAAUUUACCGGUGAAGAACAGGAAUCAAUUACACCGGAGACCUUGGCGUCAGCUAUUAAAUUUGCAGCAAAAUUAAAAGAGUCGGAAUAG